CUUGGCCUCAAAAGGAAAUGUAAAACUGAUGGUGACUGCCUCCAAUUACACCUACACAACCCCGCCCACCUUUGCUCCACACAUUUAUUGGCACAUCCCCAUGGCCAUGAAGAUCCCCCACACUUACCCUCCCAUUUCCCACACCCACUGCCUCUACCGGGGGCACAGGCUGUGGUGGGCCUUCCUCCUCUCCUCCCUCUCUGUCUUCCUGGCGGGGCUGCUGGCCCUGCUGCUCUGGAAGGUUGCUCACAGAGGGUUCAAUAGCAUUGGGAUUUUCAGACCCCGACGACAGCGCUGGGCACACAGACAGAGCAUUAGUGUGCAGACAGAUUUCAAUCUGAGGAAUGCCUUGAAGGAAUGGGCGUUCUCUGUGAUAUCGGCUCAACAUCUGCCUGGCAAAGUCCUAAUGGUGCUGAUCUUCUGUUUCAACAUUGGCUCCAUCGUGACCUAUAUCACCCUCUCUACUGACCCAGUAGAGUCCUGCAUGAAAGAAUACAGCAUAGCUUUCCUCAUUGAUUUGAGCUUCAACAUCUGCCACCUUCUGUAUUUUGGGCUCAGGUUUUUGGCGGCCCAGGAUAAGCUGAUGGUUUGGGUUGACUUGAGAUCCCUGGUGGAUUUUUUCACCAUUGCUCCUUCCUUUGUUACCCUGUUUUCCCGUCGAUCCUGGCUGGGUCUGAGGUUCAUCAGAGCUCUGCACAUACUGGAGUUACCAGUCGUUCUGCAGAUUCUCAACGUCUUCAACAGCAACAGCACCACUCUGAAACUCUCCCGCCUGGUUGCCAUCCUAACAGGCACACUGCUGACCUCAGCUGGUUUCAUCCACCUGCUGGAGAACUCAGGUGACCCCUGGCUGGACUUCUCCAACCCCCAACCUCUCCACUACUUUGAGUGUGUAUACUUCCUGGUUGUUACCAUGUCAACGGUGGGCUAUGGUGACGUGGAGUUGAGGACGACCCUGGGACGCCUCUUCGUCAUCAUCUUCAUCUUUAUUGGACUGGGUCUGUUUGCCAACUUUGUCCCAGAGGUGGUUCAGAUCAUCAUCAACAGGAAGAGGUUUGAUGGAAGCUUCACGGGUGUCUCAGGCAAGACCCAUGUGGUGGUGUGUGGUCACAUCACUCUGAGCAGCGCCUCUGCCUUCAUGAAAGAUUUUCUACACGAGGACAGGGGAGAGGUCGACGUCAAGGUGCUCUUCCUGGGAAACUUCCGUCCUAACCAGGAGCUGGAGGCUUUCUUCCUGAGGUGGUUCCUGAAGGUCACCUUCUACCAGGGCUCAGUGAUGCAGAGGAGAGACAUGGAGAGAGUUAAGAUGCAUAAAGCAGGAGCUUGCCUGAUCAUCUGUGACAGGUUCACCUCAGACCAGCAUAAGGAGGAUGCUGCCAAUCUCAUGAGGGUGAUCUCCAUCAAACAGUAUUGUCCCAACACCAGGAUUAUAGUUCAGAUGUUGAAGCACAACAGUAAGGCGUUCCUGCAGAACGUGCCUAACUGGGACUGGAGUCGAGGUGAUGCAGUAAUCUGCCUGGCAGAGCUCAAACUGGGUUUCAUGUCUCAGAGCUGCCUGGUGCCUGGCCUCUCCACGCUGUUGACCAACCUGUUCACCAUGCAGAGUGAGAUCGAGCAGGACGGAGACACCUGGCAGAACCUGUACAGAGAGGGCCUCUACAAUGAGAUCUACACAGAGCACCUGUCCCCCUCCUUCAUAGGGAUGUCCUUCGCUCAGGCCAGCAAGUCAGUUUGUCAGUCUGCUACAGAGAGACAUAUCAGUGUUCUAUUACUACAAACAAACAUGAUCUCUCUCUCUCUGUCUGCCUGCCUGUGUGCAUGUCUGCCUGCCUGUCUGCCUGUGUGCCUGCCUGUCUGCUUGUGUGCCUGUCUGUGUGUCAGGCUAUGUUUCCUGAAGCUGAGGUUGCUGUUGAUUGGGAUUGAGUAUCAGAGCGGAGACCAAGAUUUCAAUGUGUUGGUGAAUCCUCCCAGUCACAUCAAAAUAAAGCUGUGGACUCUGGGUUUCCUCAUAGCCAGCAAUGCCAGUGAUGCCAGAAGGGCGAGUAUGUACUGCUCUGUGUGUCACAGAGACAUCAAGGAUUUGCCCAGGAUGAGACCCUGCAAGUGCACUGAGCAGAAAGAUGUCUCAUCUAACACCUCCGCCAUGAGUCUAGGCUUCAGACGUCCAUCACUGGGAGUUCUGCCCUUCAGCCCAGAGGGAGAGACUCUUCGAGAAAGGGAGUGUGUGUGGGAGCAGCAGCAGCAGGAGGAGCAGCAGGAGGUGGGGCUGGACUCUACAGGACUGUUCCACUGGUGCCCACCUGUUCCCCUGAAGGACAUCUCACUGACCAGACAGAGUGCCAGUACCCUGGCACUGCAGGACCACGUGGUGGUGUGUGUCUUUGGGGACGGGGGCUCCAGCCUGCUGGGCCUGGGGGACUUCAUGAUGCCGCUGAGGGCCAGCAGCCUGACGGCCCCAGAGCUGAGGACGGUCGUCUUCCUGGGAGACCCACACUACUUCAGCAGGGAGUGGCCCAACAUACAAUACUUUCCCCACAUCUAUUUCCUGCCUGGCUCUCCUCUGUGUGGGGCAGACCUGCGUGCGUUGAGUGUGGAGCGCUGUGCCAUGGUGGUGGUCCUCAGCUCUCUGUCCAGCUCCAGCGACAUUGAGCCCUCCAUGCAGGAUAAGGAGACCAUCCACUUCUGUGUCAACCUCUACCACAUCCGCUUCAGCCCCGAACCAGGCCCACACUGCACCCUCAGUCACACUCAAAGUCACGGCCACGGACAGGGGCUGGAGCUUGGUCAUGGGUUUGGUGGUCAUAACCAUGGUCCGGGCCACGACACACUAGACUUUUCCCACAUCCCUACGAUACCCGAGAAGGCUGAGGUCACCCCUGCUCACAGCGCCGGCACCACUGUCCCUCUGCUGGUAGAGCUGGUGAACAGCUCUAACGUGUGCUUUGUGAACGAGGCGGACAGCCAAGAGGACUCCUCCAGCCUGACCCUGAGCCAGGCCUUCUCUGUAGGCUCCGUCUUCUCUGUCGACCUACUGGACUCUCUCAUGGCAGCCACGUACUUCAACGCCAACGUGCCUGGUCUGAUCUGUACGCUGGUGACGGGUGGCGACACCCCCUUACUGGAGGCCCAGCUGGCAGAGGACAACCAGCUGCGGGGAGGGGAGAUGUCCGUGAAGAUGUGGGCGCUGCGCCAACGCUCCAAACUGGCACAGCUGGCACUGCAGGAUGAGCCUCUCUGUAGCCUCGCUUGUGAGGACUUCAAGGAGUUGUUCUGCCAGGCUCUGGACUCGUUGGAGAUCCUGUGUUUUGGGCUGUAUCGCCUGCUGGACCCACCUAACCCCUCCAUGAAAAGGUUUGUAAUCACCAACCCGUCAGCAGAGCUCCCGUUGUUGCCUUCAGACAGAGUCUUCUGCUCUGUACCCUUCCACCAGAGUCACCUGCUCACCCUGAGGAGAGCCAAGACCAUCAGUCACCGCCUAUGAACCUCCCCUACACCCCCGCCCUCUGCUUGGACACCACAAGAUGAAUGACUCCAAACGGAACACUAUCAAUUUGAUUUACGUAAAUCUCUUUAGAAAGUCUUUAUACAUCUUUGAAUGGAAAUUCUUCUUUUUGCUGACACAGUACCCAACCACAGCAAAGCACGACACACUGGGAGGGCCUUGCUCAAGGGCACAAUGGUGGUAGUUUAGGAGAGAGAUGAUUUACAACCUGUGUUGUGAGUGUUUCUUCUAUACUGUACUGGUUAUGAAUAUCAAUGCCGUACAGUAGGAGACAUGACAGUGUUUGACAUUGGCUAUUAUUGUUUGCAUAGGGUUAGAGACAUGUUUUUAUAAUGUAGCUUUAGGUUGACAUGUAUGGUUUAUUAUUCCUAUACCGUUAUUUUUAAUAAAAAAUGUAUUUUUUUUCCUUUA